AUGAGAGUUUAUCUUUCAUUGCUAGUACUCGUAGUUGUUUUUGCGGGACAGUUUGGCAGAAGAGGUGAGUAUAUAAGUUUCAGUUAUUAGAGAGAUAUGGAAAAAAUAUGAUUUUGGUCGUGGCUCCGUCAUAUAGUUUUCCCUUGUAGGGAAACCUAUCCAACACUUAAGAUUGCUAUUCGAGUACUUGUCUUCUGUGAAUUUGGAUAUAACAUGAAUGAUUUAAAUAAGAGAAAGAUUUGAGGAAAAAAAAGAGAAACUUCGGAUAAAUCUUAGGCUCUCGGGAAUAGAAAUUUGAGAAUAAACAUGUUUCUUGUGAAUUCAUAAGGUCUAGAUUUAGAGUAACAUUUAUCUAAAAAGAAAGAUUGUAAAGUACAAGCGACUUAUGUGAAGCAAUCCAACCUACAUGGGCAGCGCAUAAAUGGGGCUUUGUUGUGGGUCUGUUCUUGUUCGUUAUUCAGAAUUUCAAUAAUUUCGUGUUUAUGAAGGAAUAAUUAUUCUUAUUUGAGAAAGUCAUGUCCUUCAAACUAAGACCUACUCAUUUUCAACGGAGUAGUCAAGCGGCAAAAUUCAAAGAUAAGAUUUUACUCCCUCCAAAUAUUCACUGCUGUAAAAAUGAUAUAAGCGACUGAAAACUCCAAUUCUUUUUUUGUUUUUUUUCUUUUAGGUUUGACUAUGUAUUCAUAAUUGGGUGUUUUCUAGUUCAUAACUUUAGUCAACUGAACAUAUCAUAAAGCCAAAUUAUCAAAACUGAAUCUUUAUGCAAUGAUUACGUUUUUGUGAUUAUGAAGCUUUCGUUUGUAUAGCGCUAAUUUAUAUUUUCGAAAUUGAAUGGAAUGAAACUCAGCUUUGAUGCAAUUAACAUUAACACUAUUUUUUUAAAUUUUAGAAUGUACAAAGCCUUUUAUUUCUACAAGCACAGUUACAGCUUCAUCUCAGCUUUCUCCGCAAUAUUCCCCUGAGCAUGCAGCUUUGUCUUCUCAAACAGCAUGGUGUCCAAAACAAAACUUUACUGACGAAGAAUACCUUCAGGUUUGUGUUUAUUUUCCAUCGCUAAAGUAAAACUGUUGCUUUUAAAUUUUUAAAAUAUUAAAGGUUAUAAUUGAUAGUAAAUUCAAAACAAAGUUUUACGGCAAGUUUUCAUUCUGACAAUGAGACUUCUAUGAUUCGGCUAACUGAUAACCAAACAUCGAAUGAAUAGACAGUCAUAGACAGUCAUUUCUAUAACAUUUAACUUGUUUCUUCUAUUGAGUUAAGCAACUGAUUUAACACGGAAUUUUAAUUUUUCUUUAAUUAUUAAUUGAACAAGUGAAUCUUAACCUUUUCACUGCCAAGAUCUCAAUAGUAACUCUCCUUACCCUCUGCCAUACAACAUAAUGAUGUUAAUUUUAAGAUUUUGGAAUAGGAUCGACUAAUAUGCUCUUAAUUGAUAUUUUUCUAUAUUCUCGUCACUUGUCUGCUUGAUAUUUAGCCGUUUGUACGGCUAAAGGUCAAAGAAACUAAUUAAAGAUAAUUUACGCUUCAGGUUGAUUUUGGUGGGCGGAAAGUUGUGAAGAAAAUUAAAAUUGCCGGUGAGGCAAACCCCCCUGUUAACGAGACUGCCAGGAGUGUAACUAAGUACCUCAUUCAAGUCAGUGCCGACGGAGCUACAUAUGAAGACUUUGAUGCGGUGAGAGGGACAAAUUUCACAGUACUUCUGAAAUGGGGAAACGGUUAUGAUCGUUUGCCAAGUUUAAAUUACGUCCUCUUGUUAGUUAUACAUUAACGGUGGACUUGGAUAUGGGAGAGAAUCUAAUGAUAACAACUGAACAAACAUUAGAAUUAAUUCACAUUUGAACGUGUGUGUCUUAAUUGUCACAAAACAAAGAAUUUGAUCUUAAAUUCUAAAGAAAUUACUUCUAAUAGAAGUAAUGAUUGUUACUAGCAUUUAAAAGUACCGUUUAGUUCAUUUUAUCUUGUUAUAGUACAAUCAUAUUUUCCCAGGUUUCAAAACCAAUGGCUGAAAUGGAAAUAAGAACCCAGUACAUCCGUCUGAAGCCUCUGGAAUUCCACAAAUUUCCUUGCAUGAGGCUUGAAAUUUACGGAUGUAAAGGUGAGAUGGCAAUAUCUGUUAGGAGUUCAUAGUGACUGUAAAACUCAAAGGAUUCCUUCUUUUUAACAUUGCUUGGAAAAAGUACGAGUUAAGUAAGUGUGAAGUGAGGUAACGUUCUUUGUUGCUUAGCUCAUCUAUCGUCUACUAUAAUAUCUCUUGGAAUUUAAAAAGAGAGCAAAAUUUAAAAAACAAACAACCAAAAAACAUCAGGAAAAACAUGAAAAGAAAUGAAACGAAAACUUGAGGCAGAACAAACGCAUAAACAAGAUGAACUAAAAAAGAAAAAGACAGAAAGCUAAGACUACAACAAAAUAAGACCAAACAAGACAAAACAAAAGAGAGAAGGCAAAACAAAAGAAAAAAGACAAAAGCGAAAGGAAAAAAAAUAUGAAAGCAGAGGCAGAACAUCACAUAUAAAAUAAAGUGAAGAAGGUGUUUCCCCUGGAUGUAGAAAUUAAAGGAAUCUCACUUCUCAUCCAUCCAUUCCCUUUUGUUCUAAUUCAUUUAUUCUUCACCAUUAACUGUACAGCAAAGAAUCCUGAACUGUGCAGUGAAAACAACGGGGGCUGCUCUCAGAUAUGUGAACAACGUUCCAAGUAUUGUAUUUUUGGUAAAUGCUACUUUAACUGUCAUAUCGACUUCUUGUGUACACGAUGGGUGGAAUGCAAGUGUCAGUCUGGAUACAAACUGCUGGCAAACGGGAAGAAUUGUGCUGGUAAAUUUAAUUAUUUUGCUCGUAUUUAUUGACAUCUUUUCAGGGAUUGCCUGUUCAAGUUUGUUCUUUUCUUUUCUACGGUAGUUUGUUUAUGGAAUUUUUUAGCCCUUGAUAUUCAAUCCAAAUCAAGGAAUCUCCAAAUUGUAGCCAAUCGAAUGAAAGACUUUAAACAAAUGUUCGCGUAGUUGUUGGUUUGAGGCAAACUAGAACACCUGAUGCUUGAAAACAACGACAAAGGUGACGGUGAAUGGUCAAGUAGCAACUAUCGCUCCUUUUUGCUGCUUGAUAUUUUCUAAAUUUAAUCUCGAUCUGCUGAAAUUUUCUGUAAAUAUCUCUUUGAGUUGUGUAAGGUUUUCUCGGCUCAUUCGUAUGAAUACAUAUGAAAUAAAAAAUGAAAUAAAGUCUUUGAACAAUCCGUUCUUUCAAUCAUUAUAAGCUUUUGGUAAGCUUAAGUUUGAGUUUGCAUACUUACUUCGUUACUUGUCACUUUGGUUGAUCAGUUUUGACCAACAGAUUAAUUAAAUUUUGCAUUCAAUUUUCACCAAUGUCUAAUAUACAAUACUUUCUUGUUCAAAUUGAUAACAGAUAUAAAUGAGUGUGAAACCAACAAUGGCAACUGCGACCAGAUUUGUAAAAAUUCUAAAGGAAGUUAUCAGUGCAAGUGCCGCAGUGGGUUCCUUCUUGACAGCGACAAGCACAAAUGCAAUGGUAACCAUGAAAAACAAAUUGCCUCAAUAUCUAUAUUUAGAACUAAAUACGUUUAUUGGUAAAAAAAACAAAACAAAAACAGGAAUCAAAUAGGAAAUCAAAAUUAAAAUAAGCAAUCUGCUAUGAAAACGGACAACGCAAACGAUCAAUUUAGGAUUUUUUCUAUGUUUUGCAUCUUAUUGGUUUGGAGGAUGAUUCGAGAUUUCUGGACCAACUACAGAGCAAAGUCGAAUGAAAGCAAAGCAAUCUCGGAUUGAUCUUGACACUCCAUUGUACAUUGCUCUAUGUACUUGCGGACUGAAAUUUUUUCUUCAAGAUUCAAAAUUGUUGAGGCCUGCAUUAAAUUUUCAUCCGUUAUUUAAGGUUUGUAAAAAUAAAUAAGUUUGUUUUUGAAUGCUAAAUGAAUUAAAAAAUUGAUGAAUAGUGUGAGCGAGUGAGUGAAGAGUGAAUGAGAGAUAGAUGGUGUGAACGUAAUUGAGUAUGUGAGCCAGGCGGCGAUUUCAUUUUUGAGUGAGUCCAUAAACUAAGUUUAUAAAAUUACGUUCAAGCGUUCUGGAUGCUCCUAAGAUAGCAAUGUUGAGAUCACUAUGUGUACAACUCUGAUUCGUUACGUGCUGUCCUAUUUCAGACAUAAACGAAUGCAACAACAACAAUGGCGGCUGUAAUCAGCUUUGCAGAAAUAGUUUUGGGAGUUAUCAUUGUGAGUGCUCCGUGGGAUACAAGCUUUCACAGGAUAACCAUACUUGCGUUGGUAAGAGUCUUAGAUAAUGAUUUUUAUUAUAAAAGAUUUAUAAUCUCUUUCCCAAAAUUAAGCUAAACCUUUGAGUUUAUAAAGGCUUGCUUUAAGUUCCUCGUGCAAACGUUAUACAUGUUUUUAUUUUUAAUAGGUACGAUAAGCGAUUCCUUUAUAAGGACUAGACAUUAUCCAUGUACGAUGUACGAUGGGGGAGGGAGGGAGGGGUUAAGGGUUAUCUGGGAGUGUUUCUCAAGGGGAAAGAAGGGAGGAUAAGCUGUCGCAGACAGAACAUGAAGGGAAACUAUAGAAAGUUGGCUGCCAAUUCGAUCAGGUAAAUUUUAUCGUGACAUAACCAUUAUUCCCCCCUCCCCACCUCAGGCGAUAAAGAAUGACCACUAUCUAUGGUUUUCUUAUCGCUCUGUAUUAGAUAUCGAUGAAUGUGCAGUUGAUAAUGGCGGGUGUAGUUAUGGAUGCCAGAAUCUUCAAGAACGCUACAUCUGCACCUGCCCUAUCGGAUUUGAGUUGGAUCGAACGCGAAAGAACUGCAGAGGUAUUUACUUUUUUUCCUUCAUAAAUAUACAGGUCAGCCCAAACUUCCAAAAGAAUGUUCGGUAUUUAAUUUGAAAAGCAUGUUAUUUACUUGCUUUACGGCUCGUGAUUUAAAAGCUUUACUCGCGCUCUCCCAACAUUCCGCGUGGCUUUAUCGCGUAAUAAAACCUAAGAAAACAUUUUCUUUUUUAUUUAUAAUUGUCAUGGUUUUGUUGAUCUUCCAUAGAUUCAAAUGAAUGCUUGCUGGCCAAUGGUGGCUGCGAGACUAAUUGCCACAAUACCAUUGGAAGCUAUUACUGCUCGUGUAACUAUGGCUUUGAGCUAUAUGAUACAUUCAAAUGUAGAGGUAAAAUAUGAGGAAUAUGUUGUAGUGUUUGGCAUUAAGUAUGGGAUCAGUUACCUUUGGCAUAAAUUGGUAAAAUUUAUACCCAAACAGAAGCUGCUGUUCCGAUUAAAAAAAAGUAAAUGAAUAAAUAAAUAAAUGAAUGAAACAGAGCCUUGUCCAUCUUGAUCCAACCGCUGAGUCCUCUAGCUGCCUUUACUCGUUAGUAAACUCUUGAGGCCCGUUUAUUUAAAGUCUAGGGCGUAAAAUUGCGCCUAAUACAAGCGCCAAUGCGACUAAAUUUUUACUGACAGGACCAAUUCCUGAAGAUUAGUCGCCAAAUUGGCGACUAGAAUGCUUCAUCAUAGCCAUACCUAAAGGUACAGUGAAUUAAAAAGAUUUGCAAAGAUAAAUCCGCGGCAAACUUUUUCGCUAAGUUCGCUUCCAAAACGCGGCACAUGUAUCUCGAUCGAUAACUCGACGUCAUCUUAAAUUUAGGUGAGUUUGAAAGUUGUAUAUCGUCCAUCUUAGUAUCCAAUUUGAAGAACUUUGCAGAACUUAAUUUUGGAGGGUCUAUCUAGAACGCUGACAGCGUAAAAAAAUGUUUUUUUGUCUUAAAGAAUGGCGACCAACAAAAAAAAUUAUUCCCCUCUUUCCUUAUUUUUCCAACGUUUAGUAUCCUUUUAUCAAGCCAAUGGGUUAAACAUACAGAGCAAUCGUUGUUUACGUCACUUUAUGUUUAAUUUCAUUAAAUUUCAAUGGGUUAUGUCUUUACAGACAUUGACGAAUGCUUGCGAAAUACUGACAAUUGCUACAAGCUGCCAAAAUUUCCAAGGAGGAUACGGGUGUCCCUGCAAGAGUGGCUUCAAACACAAACAGGGAGACUCAUACAAUUGUGACUGUAAGUACCAUAUCAGUUAUGGUCCUGUUGGACUUAUUUCUCUAUUAAGUGUCGAAUGUAAUUUAAAGUUUAAUUGAAUGUCCUAAUUUUGAUAAGUUAUUGGCUCAAAGCAACAAAGGCAACGCAAGUCACCUUCUCGACAAAAAAGGUGCAAUACUUAAGGACCCGUUCAUUGAUUUGAGAACUUUCAUCUACCCUCCCUUGACCGGCUUAAUUAUCUAACCACUGAGUUCUCAUUGCUUCCUUUCGUAAUUUCCAUUGCUCUGACCUGGAUUUAUUUACUUUCGUGUCCUACCUGUUGGUUAGUCAAUCGAAUAGCACUUUUGAUCGAUGGAUCUUCAUUAUUGACCCUGUUCUACUUGAUUCCACGCACAAGAUUAUCGAAGUAUAUUUUAUGUUCACAUUCUACCCUCAGCCAGGGGGACGACGGAUUAUCUUCAUUGUUGGAGUAACCAAUACAAAUGGCUUUAAUCAUUUCUCAGAUAUGUGAAGUGAAUUUUUGCCUUAUUAUCGCAAAUUACUAAAUUUAUCCUUGAUUUCAAGUUAACACUUGAAGGUAAUAGCUUGUGAUAUAAUAACUUUCGUCAUCUUAGUGAUUAUAGCAUUUCUCGAUUGAAUUUCAUAAAAGCGAAACCAAAGUGAUAACAACGACCAUAUAUAAUUGUAGGAGAAAGGAAAAUGCCUUUAAGAGCCAGUAGGAACUCAAAGCAUAACCAACCAAAAUACUCAUCAACCUAAUAGAGUGGUGUAAAUGACGAGUGACGUGUCAGCAGCUGAUUGGCGAUAACAAACACACCUAAAAAAUGAUUACAAUUUUACAUGCGAGCAGUUACGGCUUUUCCCAGGGCUGGAAAUCAAAGUAAAACACGGUAGUUCAUGAAAUGAAAUAUUUCCAUAUAUUUUUUUAUUUUUUUACUUUUGAAGUCAUCACUUGCCCAGCCCUCUUGGAGUCUAUGGGCACAUCUGUGAGUCCUAAGCCUCAAUGCUUAGUCGUUGGCGGCAGGAAAGUGAAUGAGACUUGCAAGUUUAGUUGUAACAAUGGAUACGAGCUUCCAGAUCCAAAGAAGGACACCCUCACCUGUUUGGUAACGGGUUCAUGGGAUGCACCCAUCAUAAAUUGCCAACGUAAGUCUCGAAGAUUAAUUGGGAGUGUUUCUUUAUAUUUCGAAAGGGAACUGAGGUGUGCAUGUUAAAUUUUUAGAAUGAAAAAUGAAUGAAGUCAAAUAACUUUGCUAUCACUGGCUUUUGCUUUGCUUGUUAGGUUGUUUCUUUCUUUUUUUUAAGCAAUGCCAGUAGUAGUAAUAGUAGUAGUAGUAGUAGUAGUAGUAGUAGUAGUAGUAGUAGUAAUAGUAGUAGUAGUAGUAGUAAUAGUUGUAGAAGUAGUUGUAGUAGCAGUAGAAACCCAAGAUAAUUUACUCUAUUGUUUACAUAUUAUCUUUUCUUCCAGGUAUAACAUGCCCAGCCUUACCUCCUAUUCAAAAUGGGGACCUACUUCCGGAUAUUUGCCCAAUUUCCGGAAAUAGUUUUGGCAGCAGUUGCGUUUACAGUUGCAAAUCAGGUUAUAAAUUGACCGGCGUGGGUACGAAAACGUGCCAAGCGAAUGGAGAGUGGGACGACAAAACUACACCGAGUUGUAAUAAAGGUAAAUGUUUAAUCGGCAAUGGGGAAUGAGGUCAAAAUUAGCCGAAUUCCGAGGUAGUUAUUUAUCGAUAUCCUUGCUAGUCGGUUUGGUGUCUCCAUAAUUUGUUCCUUUUAAUUUGCCUUACUUUUCUAUUUGCUUCAAUGCGCCUAAGUCACUUGCUCUCAACUCGCCAAAAGAUCUUCGAUACGCACUGUUUCUUCGCCAAUUACUUGCUAAAAAAUUUUUCGUUUCCUUUUUUUGUUUGUCUGUUAUUACCGCUGCCACUGAUUUUGGUGCUUUUGUAAAAUAUGGCUAUUUUUCUGCAGAUUAUCCGAAGCCAUGGAUCACUUGCCCUACAGAUGUCGUUGCUACCCUUGCACCAAACGCUAAGGAACACGAUAUAACUGGGUUGCUAAGUCAACCACAGUCCAAUGUCAAAAAUAUUCAGAUGUACCCAGAUAAGUACCGCAGCAGCCUGGUGUUCCCGUCAGGCUUAACUGUGCUUACUUACGUCGCUAGUAACGAAAUCGGUGAAACAGCGAAUUGUACUACAGUUGUGACCAUACAAGGUAAAAAAGGCUUCAAUUUUAAAAUGUUUAUUAUUAUUAUUAUUAUUUAUUUAUUUGUUUUUUUUUGUGUUUGUGAAACUAACGUUUUGAAGAAAGCCGGAGAUUUAAAUCCUUAAAGCUUCUUACCUUUUCUUUUUCCUCAGAUCAACAAAAACCGACCAUUACAUACUGCACUGAAAAUAUAUAUCAAGCAAUAUCAGGUUCAGAAGCUUCCGUUACAUGGACAGAGCCAAGCUUCACAGACAACGUCGAGGUUGUAAGAGUCACAUCGACAAAGAAACCUGGCGACACAUUCCAAAUUGGAUCUCUUACGGUACUUUAUGAGGCGUUUGACGCCGCAGGGAAGAAAGAGGGCUGCUCUUCCGUAGUGCAACUAACGCGUGAGUCUUUGAAGGCAUGAUUUUUCCUAUCUUUGUUGGUAUUUUUAAAUGGUUUCUGUUUCGUUUUUUUUUGCAAUUAUUUAGUAGAGAAACUGCCGUCUUGUGUUUUUUGUCAAGUUGAUAGACAGGCUGUCAAGCAUUUUAUAACAAACGGAGAUCUUUAAGCACUUUAAUUUCAAACAUUUAUAAUUAACGUUCAUUAGUCGGAGAAAUUGAUUUUUUUUCGCUCUUGAUGAAAUCCAAACUGGUGCUUUGGUAAUAAAGAAAAAUUCCUAUUCAAUUAUGAGUGAGCCCAGCAUAUGUCUUACGUUUGGUGAACCGCUUAUCUUAAAAUCCCUCAAGCUUAGAACGCCUAAUAUAACUUUAAUAGCUGCGUUAAUGGGAUAGGAGUUCUAUAGCCCAUUUGACGAGGGUCCAAGUAACUGGACGGGCCCGUAAAGCUGUUUCGUUUUCAUUCAAGAUGGGUGUUUCAAAAGUUUUGAAAAUCAUUCAAUAAAACUAUUAGCUAAAGAAAGAAAUUGGGCUGGUUAGGGUGAUAAACCUGCUUCUCUAUUCUUUGAAUUUUCAAUUUGAAAUAUGGCUCCGGGGGCCAAUAAGUUACCGGGACGUUCGAGAAAUGGGCCCCAGGUGUAGCUUUUAUUCACUUGCAGGGAAGAGGUGCGAAAAACCAAGCGAACAGCCUGACAAUGGAGAAUUGGUUUGCAAUUCAAUCGGAGACUUCCUUUACUGUUCAAUUAAAUGUAACUCUAAUAAACAGUUGUUCAAGUACUCUUUUGGCUCAAGUUGCAACCCAUCUUCGUUGAAGUGGUCACCAGAGGAGGUUUUAAUCGACUGUGUAGGUCAGCAUAAAAUAACAAAAUUUAAAUUAUUGUACUUGUGAUCAUGAUAACACCUUAAAGUUCUUCGUUAGUAGUAAGUCUUCCAUCAUCCAAGUUUGUGGAAAGAGAGGCGGUAUGAACAUUUCUAAGGAAAAUAAUUUUAUGACAAGACAGCAAAUUAUAUUGCGGUAUAAUACAUACCCAAACCAUCCUAUAAGCUCAUGAAUGAACUUAGGCUGUAAUGAUGCGGGUACCACGCGUUAGAUUACAAAUAUCCUAAAUACACCUUAUUCGAUGGUUUAGCAUGUAAUAAGUGCGGAUAUCUUGCGAGUUGCGGAGUAUUGACGGGCAAUGAGCAAAAUUUCCGUUCGUACUGUAUUAAAGCUGUCCAAUGAGGGUUCAUUAUUCCUCUCUCGUUUCUUUUUCUAGACUUUUGUCUUCUAAUUUUCGAAACUUAAUGCGGUCUUACCUGAGCAUUGUACCGAUAGCAUGAUGCGUGCGUGAAAGAAGAAAACUGCAAAAAAGGAAACCAUUUAAGUGACCACGAUGACCAAAAGAGACUUCUUGAGUGGCUCGAAUGUCGUUGCUGAAAAUAACAUGUCCGAAAAAUUAAAGAGAAAUCACAGAUCGCUUAGAUCAUUUUUGUCCGUAUUUUGACCGAUGUGUUAUAAUUUGGGCGUUCUAUGGCCCUAAAGUUGUAAAACGACGUCAUAGUGCAAUAUUAACUUUUGGUACUCUAUUGCAACUUUUGUUUAUCGGACACCGUCAAAUUUAAGUACAUUUAGUGUUUCGUUCGGGAAAAACAAAAUUUAGGUUUGAGAAUUUUUUUUUUUACGUUUGAAAUAACUUUUCAUUUCCUUUUCCUCAAGACCCUUGAGCGAGUUAGCUGUAGAUUUACCUCUGUAUGUUUGACAUUGUGUUGUUAUUGUUUGCCUCAUCAGACUCUGUCGCCAUGCCGGCAAGUGGAGAGUGCCCUCAUCCAACAAUUCCGCAGCCAUCCCUUAUUAAUUUCAACAAUCCAGCAAAGCCAUGCGGUAUGUCGCUUUAAUAAGCCCUAAAAUCUUGGAUAUAUCAUGGAGUGGAAUAAAUACUACCCUGUUAUGCUUUCUGAACUUUUCCGAAAGCACUUUUAAGAAUGCUAUCUUACACAGAAUCGAAUCAAUUCAGUCUUAAUGAAAUAUUGAACGAUGUGUGUCACCGGACCCGGUCCGGAAUGUAAGCUGAUAGGAAUGAGACAAAUUCUCUUUGAGUUCCUUCACAAAUCAAAACAGAAAUUUAGCCCAUUAACGCCUAUCAUUCACACAUGUGUCUCUCCCGGUUUCGUUGCACUGUGACAAGGAAUAUUAUUCCAUUCAACCUUGAUUUUGUCUCUACUGAAUUAUUUUCAGUUAAAUGUCCUCGAGGGAUGAAAUAUGAUAUGACACAGAAAGACUGCCUAGCAUGCCCUAUUGGUUACACAAGUGAACAAGAAUCAAGCCUGAAUUGCACCAAGUGUCCAGAAAAAAAAAGCACCAGAAAGGAGGGGUCGAAAACAUGCGAAGGUAAGCACGAUGCUGUGGGUUAUGGCGCUAUUUUUAAUGUUGUUCUUUCUUUUUCUUCUUUGUCUAUUGGUUUGUUUGUUUGUUUGUUUGUUUUUGUUUCUUUUUCCUUUUCUGGUUGAAAUCGUUUUUCCUUAAUUGAUUACCGAUUGACUGAAUCACCGAUUCAUAGACUGAGCUGUAGUUGUUGAGCUGUGAGUAUACUCAGUCCAAGUUUUCGGUUGGCUAUUUAUUAAUGUUACUUGGAACUUUCGUCUUUCUGUCAAGAUCUUUGUGAUAAAGGGAUGUCAUCAGGAGAUGGGUUCGAUUCUCCUGACAAACAUGCGUGUUAUUUUUGCAACGUUGGAUUCUAUCAAGAUCAAUAUGGUGCCACACAGUGUAAGCAAUGCCCGAAUGGACUCACAACAAUUGCGAAGGGAUCAACCUCCUUGGAUGACUGUGGAAGUAAGAGCAAUCAUAUUAUUUAGCUCUGACGCCAUUCAGUUGUUUUCUAAGCUAAAAUUGUGUCGAAAUAUGAUGUUAUUUAGUGAAUGACACGGGCAUACUCGGAGAAGAAGAACUCCGAGUGCUUCCAAUAGGAGACGAACCUUCGACCUUGCGAUGAAUACUUCGGACGCUCUACUACUGAGCUACAGAAGGCUCGUUGCAGGCUGUUUAACCAGGUCCAUGAUGACAAACUUCCUGCAUACUGCCAGAAGAGGAACGUUUCUGCUAUCACUGCUUUUCUUUUAGCUAUCUUUUUCACUGCAUAAACUCACUUCCGUUUCUUUGUAAUUAUUUGAUUUAUUUUUGCCUUUUCUAAAAUUAAUUUCCCUUGCUUAUAUCACAUUUACGGAAUAAUCCCAAACUGGUGAUAUGCUUCAUCCUAUUCAAAUGCUACUGCCUUUAUUAUCGCCUUUAGUAACACCAACAGUUUCUUCCUUUGGACCUCCUUCCAUGGUCGUCGAUGUGGAUGAAAAUGGCAGAGUUCAAUUUGAGUGUAUGGCAGCUGGACCACCAGAACCUACGUUCUUAGUUAAAAAGACAAAGCCAGCACCAGGUUUGUGGCGAGAGUUUGAGUCGAAUUAUCCUUAUAACAUAUCUGAAAAGCAACCUGGCUCAUAAAGAAGAAAGAUUGAUACUUGCGGGGGCGUAAUCAACCAACUGCAUUAUUAUCCACCCAACUGCUGUGAAUGACAACCCAAAUCAAAACCACGAUCAUUUUAAUAGAAUUUUCAGUCCAACAAGGCAGCGAUGACUGAUUAGGAAGUUGAUUAGCGUUGAAUCAUGUUCAUGAGAAACCGGUUAUGAAUUAUACUUUUAAUAAGUGGUCCAAGCGUUAAGUUGCAAAGUACGGGGAACGAUGUUUGGCGAGAGUAAACGAACCACAGGGGUCUCCUAAAGAGUAACCGAGAGGAACUGUAUUGGGAGUGGAAGUGACUGGUUCCUCUUCUUCUUUUGAUAGCGCGGCUUUUAGCUUAAUUAAAGUUCUGCUGCGAACUUUUUUAAAAGAAUUUAAUUAUGCGGUAAUACUGCUUUUUUUUUUCAGACGGUUUCGGAGGACCUGUUAGGAUAGAGUACAUCAGGUCAGGUAAUGCAGUGACUGGUGUACGCUACAUAAUUCUCAGUGCGACAGAACAUGACGCCGGACUAUACUUUUGCACCGCCACCAACAAGUUUGGAUCGGAUACGAAGCAACUCACUUUGAAUGUCCAAAUUUCCGGAGGAAGUGGGUCAGGUAAUAAAAGUUCAGAUAAAAGAUCACGGCAUAAAGAGCUGCAAAACUUUGAUGUUAUUAUUAUUAUUAUUAUUAUUUUUAAUAUUAUUAUUAUUAUUAUCAUUAUUAUUAUUAUUGUUAUUAUUAAUUUAUUUAGUUGUUUAGUUUUUUAGUUUGUUUGAUUAGUUAUUGUUUAUUUUUUUAUGCUGAAACCUUGAAAAAUAAGAAGAAAAUGACCAUUUUAAACUAUCCAAGAUUUAAAAACCAGGUUUAAGUUUAUGUUUAGAUACAUCGUAGACAAGGAUAUUCCUCGGACUGAACAUAAACAAGCUUUGGUCAUUCAGGCCAAACCCUGAAAAACUCUGAGGUAAAAGUGCCUAAGAUGUGAAAUCCGCUUAUUAAAAGUGUAGAAGAACUGUAAAAACUGUAAAAUUUCGGCCUUCGUCAUGCAUCUGGAAAAUGUGAAACACCAAAAAUUCUGCAUACUGCCUUUUUUGUCGACCGUUUGGUCACCGGAAGUUGUUUGAUGAAUUUAGAUCGAUAAGAGCCCUAAAAACCAGCUUUCAUCACCUGAAUUCAGAGAAGCGCUAGAAUUGGAACAAUAGCACACAUCCAUACCAUACACAUCCUCGGCUGAUUGGUAAAUCAUAAUGUAAUACAUGCCGGCAUAGAGAUGCAUCAUAUACAUUGUAUACUCUGUAGCUUCCUUUAGUUGACAAAUGUGGUAUUCACUGAUAGGUUAAUCUUUUUUUCCUUUCUCUCCUCAAGGAGCUUGACGCCUUGAAAGAAAUAUCGUUACGUUAUGCUUCAGUACCGAACGAUUGAGUAGAAUGACACAAGGAUUCCUUCUUUUUCACUGAAUCAAUUGAUAUGAUUAUCGUGUGUAUUGUGACAAAUCAAGGAUUACCUAACAAAAUAAAAUUAGAUAAAGCGGGAUUAGCAAUGUGUUUUUUUUCAAAUUAAUGAUGGAAAGGAGAAAGGAGAAAUUGUGUGAUUGUAUUUUGGGGAUGUUUUAUUUGAGUCUUAAAACCGGAAAAACUUACUCUUCUGCGCCACAAAUCUAUCAAACUCUCUUUGAUGGCACAAAAAAAAAAAACUCGCCAAAACCAGCUGGCUUAUAUUUAUUCAACAAAAGUAUGUCGUUUAUACUAAUUAAGAGCAUUUUAGUGCAGAUACUACGGUUACUCACAUUCAGUUUUAUCCGCAAGGGGCUGCGCAAAAUUAAAGACCUUGACCGUGAGUCCAGCACAACUGGAUCAUGCCCAAUUGAUGCUGUGACAGAUGUUAGGAAGCGUACCUCUUCGUUAAGGGUGCAAAGUGCAAAAAGGGAGGGCAUAUUUUUCUAUUGUUAUCUGCUCAGAAGCUCGCGGUUAUUACGCUAAGCGGUUUUUACUCUGCGAGUAAGACUUCAAAAACAGUCAACUUUUUGCUCUCCCAGAUAGAUGGUCGGUCGAAAAGAUCGAGUCAUGCCGCAAUUGUACGGUAAAUCAUCUUGGAUGUACGGCCAAAUACAACUCCUAUGCCGCUACCCAGAAAGUUUUAUCGCUGCAUAACUUAAUUGACCACUUAUCUUCAUUUCUACUCUUUCGGAGCUUUUGUUGCUCGGAAAAAUUAACAGACCUAGUUGCCUUUUUUCCCUAUUGCUAUCUGCUUAUAAGCCCGCAGUAAUUACGCUAGGCGGCUGUUACUCUUAAAGAUGAGAUUUCUAAAACGGUUUAAGGUGGCUCGAAACAGCUUUUUUUUUUGUCUAUUUAGUGUAUUUAGGAACAACACAUAGCAAAUAGCAACACAAAGGGCUUUUAGAGAAAGGCCCACGAACGGUAAAUUGUGUUUCAGUUUUUCAUACAGUCUUAGAAUUAUGCAUUUUACCUGAGAGCCAACUUAAAUAAAAUUCUGUUAGAAAUUUUUUGUGAAAAUCCCCGCGUUUUGGAAUUCAUUCUUAAUUUUUUCUCUGUUUACAGAAUUUUUAAAAAAUCGCUCUCAAGACAUUGCAAGCGGAGCGAAGACAACAUGCUGAAAGUGAAGAAAAAAAAAAUUACCGAGCGAAAGCGGAAAUAAUGCCGCCGAAAGCUUCAAAUUUCUAAACAUUUUGACACGACAAGGUAGGCAACUGCGCAUGCUCAGAGUUUUUACACGAGAGAGAACGCGCAAGACGCACAGGACUUUCUAUUUUCGCAUUUUUUGUUUAAUUCACGUUCUCGGUUAUCCUGUACAGAUAGUUCAGCUUUAUUUCGGCUUGAAGUUUCGAAUAGCCAUUAGCUGAGCAGCUUUUUGUUUUGCUCGAUGUCGAAAAUCGACCGGUACUUGGAUUGCGCAGGGACCCGGAACUAAUCGACGUGGCACACGCUCGAUCUUCUUAGUCAUUACGAGAAGCAGAGGAAUCCUCUUUCCCAAGCACAUGUUGCAUCAUCAACUGAAGUUAUUACAAACACUGUUAUCAAAAGGAUCCCAAAACAAACUUUCACUUUGACGUAUUGAAAGAAAAAUUGCGGCGAUGUGAGGCCGGGAAGAUCAUUACGUAUUGAAACAAUUUACCUGAACUUCUAACUCUUAUCUUAUUUUCUUUGUAAAGAACAUGGUAACUUAAGAACGAAGAAGCAAGCUCGGCCUCAUUACAAAAGAAAAACACAGUCUACUUGGCCGGCGCAAAAUCAAGCGUGACACGAAAGCGGUCGCCAUCUUUGUUUACAUAUUUUUUCAUUCGCAAACUUUAAAAGUCCCGCGUGUGAUCGCGUGUAUUGGAAUCCAGUCCUUGCGUGCCAAAAAAACUAUUGCGAGCCACCUUAACUUGCUCUCCCAGAUUAAUGGUCGGUCAAAAGGAUGGAGUCGUGCCGCAGUUGUACGGCGAAUUAUCUUGAAUAUAUGUCUAAGUGCAACUCCUUUACCCCUACUUUUUAAUGUAGAUGUCUAAUCCAAAGUCUACCCUGAACGUUUAUCGCCGCAUAACUUGACCUCUUAUCUUCCUUUCUACUUUCCCAGAGUUCUUGUUGCUCGGAAAAAUUAACAGACCUAGUUGCUUAGUCAUUUCUUUUUCUUUGGGCUACUUCAUAGACCAAUGCGCUCGAGUGAUGGCAACAAUAUUGCACGCAGUGAAAUUGAACUGAAAUAGACGGUAUUUAUUAAUGAUUAAGAGGAAGCAGCUCUUCGUCCUAUGAUUUUAGAUAGUUCGCUGCUAUUAAAAUCGAAAUUUUAGAACGUGUUUAAGGAAAGGGGCUGACGGAAGCUUUUUGUUUUAGAUAUGGCAAGACUUCCCAGAGCCAUUUUUAUGAACCACGCGUUUUAAUUUGGGAAACAAUAACAGGAACACAAAAUAAACGAAACACCGGCUUCAUCCCGCUGGUUCAGCUGUUAUAUCCAGCUACACUAUCAUUGCCAUCGCCCAAUAGAGAGUUUUCUUUGAACAAUAGUCAGUAACCACAACUGUAACAUACGUAGCCGCAGUUUCAUGAAAAGUAUCCCAUGCGGAAAACCUUCUUAAUUCGGAGCUCAUUUUGCGAUCAGGGCAACAUAAUUUUUUUUACUGGAAUAAAUAUGCAAUAAUUUUAAAAAUAUUUAAGAGCGAACGUGAGACACCGUGAUAAGUCAUAUGAUUUAGUAGCCUAAAAUGGAAGUUUGCAGUUUCCAUAGUUAAGAUCAUGAUUUGUAAACGCCACGUAACGGAGUUACCCAGCCUUCCUUAUAAAUGAACGUCGUUCUGGAUUUCUUUUAAUUGAAGUUUGUAGUCAGUUUUCUCGACGAAUAUAACCACACUUAUACAUGCCUGAUUAGAUGAGGCUCCUUAUUCGGACAGUAAUAUUAAUCAUGUCGAAUUAAAUAAAUGGCUGAGGAAACUAAUAAACGGGUGAGCAAUGCCUGUGCUGUUUCACUUACACUUGAUAAAGUUUCAUUCUUCGUUAUUUGAGCCUUAACAUUUUCAGGCGGAUUACUUUGAUCUAAAUGUAAAAACUGAAAAAAAAAAAAAAAAAAGAAGAGAAGCUGCCAACAGGUAAUUGUUUGAAUAGCAUAGCCUUUCCAUUGUUAAAGUGGAAAUUAAGAAAUGAUUGACAUGUUUUUGAAAUGUUUUGGUGGAUCUAAAAUUUUUUAGUUGUUCGGGCGUUGCAUUCUGCACAAGCUCUUAUCUGCUAACCAUCUAGAACAAUCGAUUAUUCUUAAAUACAAAAAGAAAAAUGGAUAAAUAAAAUAAAUAAAAGAUAGCAUAUUCUUAUAAGAGCUUGUGCAAAUUUCAGCUCCACCUAAACAUUACAUCGAGGCAUAAACAUGUCAAUCAUUUCUUAAUUUCUACUGUCUCUUUCCUCUCCAGUGGAGUUUUUUUAAGCGUAAAGUGAGAAGCGCAAAAUGCUGGACGCCAUGGAGGCCAAAUUUCAGUUUCUGUGGUCAGUUAUGUACUCCUCCAUUAGGACUUUGAAGAAAAACUAUCCCUACGGAAUAAGUUUCAUUACCAUAAUGUAUACUUCCUUUAUUACUUCACAUCACGCCGGAAUUUUCACUGGAAAAGAAAAAACAACAACAACAACAACAACAACAACAACAAAAAACAUUCCAGGCUCCUUAAAAUUUGAAUAACUUAGUUCUAUCUGGUCAGAACAGGAGCAGUGGAUUUACCCUUUAAGUCCCAGUAGUGAUCUAGACAGAAUUUCUCCUUACACUAUCAGCACAAUAACAAGCAGACAAGUAAUGAAACAAAAGAAAAAUAUCAAUUAGGGGAUUAAUGGCUGAUCCAAUUGGCAAACAGUAAGGAGAAUUAUCAACAAGAUCUUGGGAAUUCAAGGGUUAAAGCUGGUUCUUUGUUUGUUUUCUGUUGUCUGUGUCGUUGUAUUGUAUUUUGACAAAAUGGAGCGCAUAGUAUUUAAAAAUAGAUUUAGGAAGUAUUUUUAGAUCGAAAAAAACAAAGAAACAAAAAAAAAAUAAGAAAAAACAAAACAAACAAAGAAACAAAAAACUUCCGUCAGCUCUGCUCCUUAAACACCAUAUAAAAUUUCGAUUUCAGCCUCACUGAACAUUUCGACCGUAUCUGCGCUAAAUUGGAGUUUAAGGGAUAUUAUGAGGACCGCUGCUUGCAUUUUUUUUUUGUUUGCAUUUGGUGUUACAAAUGCUUCAGAAGAUCAAGUCACCGAUGGUAAGCACAUUAAUUCUUCAGUAUCUAAUCAUACCUUGAAUUCAUCUUGGUAAAAUAUGAGCUGAAGGCAAUCAAACGUGUGCACUUAAAAAUAUAUCUUUCUAAAUGCUUUCCUUUGCAAGAAAGUCAGGUUGUUUACAUUUGGCAAAAAAAUCAAACAGGGUCGACGGAUGGUUGAGGAAAAGUUUGAAAAGGAUAUGAGUCGAUUAUCAUAGCUUGAUACUCUAAAAUCAUCUUCCCUCAAAUUCCGUCAGCUCUGUUCCUUAAACAUCCUAUAAAAUUUCGAUUUCAACCCCACUGAAGAUUUUCGACUGUUUCUUCUACAGGAUAUUUUGAGGACCGCUAUUUCCACCAUAUUUCUUUUUGCAUUCGAUGUUUAUGUUCAAUUAAGUUCGCGUUUUUGCGUGAGGUCGAAUCCCAUUUACACAUCCACACAUCUUUAUAUAUAAAUACUUGUCUAUCUGGGGGUUAGAUUAAACGUGCAUUAAUGUUGUAGCGUAAAACAUGAAAUAUAUUGCUACAUACACGAUUUUAUAGAAAACUCCCAACGUAUUUGUAUUCGUUGUUAUGAUGCAGGAACAGAGUUCAAGCUCACCUUUAUAUCAUUAAACAUGGGACUGAAGGGGAAGGGAAGGUGGAUGCCUCCCCUCAAAUGUCUUUUUACUUAUGUAGUGACCUAAUCUUGCAAAUUCACAGUUUCGUUUACCCAAUCCCCACUGCACCAUGGCAGAUGUAGAAACUUUCUUGUGUGUCGGAGCUUUUCAUUCAGUUCCCCUUCUGUGUAGCUUCUUUUAAUUUUUGCAAUUGAAAGGUAAGUAAAUAAAUCAUUUUGCCUUGAUUGUCUUUUUUCUCUCUUAUCGGUCGACUUCCCGUAAACAUUAGUUACGAUCUGCUCCAAGUAUACUUUCCACGACAAAAAAAUUAGCUGGAGUGCAGCCGAGGAAAAAUGUCGCGAACAAGUGAAGGGUUUACUUGUCUCAAUGGAAACUGAAAAAGAAUGGCACUUUGUCAAGAACUUAACCGAAAAGCGAACAAAGACAAGUUGGUUCAUUGGCUUGGAAAGAGUUAAUGGAUCUUAUAUUUGGUACUGGUUGAGUGGAAGCAUCGCCUGGGUCAACGGGACAUCAGCUGGAACAUGGCGUUGGAUUGUAGGAGAACCAAACAAUUUUGGAAAAGAAAAAUGCGGAGAGAUGUGGCAAAACGGAAAGUAUCACAACAUUCCGUGCCGGGCAAAAAACUAUUAUGAAGAUCCAGGAUAUAUAUGUGAAAAGCAAGUCAGUAAGUUCAUGAUCAUGCCGAAGCUAUGUUAA